GGGUGAAUGGCACCUGUACAGCGGCCGGGGGACAUCUGUUGAGUUUUCAAUCGAAGUAAAUAAAAAUAUUUUUACAAAUUGUGUACAAAAUGCUGCAAAACAUUUGUCGCAUCUGUGCAGUCGACGCCAAUGUCUCUGAAGUAACUAAACUAUUUGAGAAAAGCGCACGCAAACUGUUGCGACAAAUUAAUCUGCUUACCGGUGUUUUCUUAGAGGACAGUUCAGAGUUACCCAAUGUUAUUUGCAAUGUUUGUCUAAAUGAUUUGGCCUGUGCUAUUGCAUUUCGUCGACGUUGCCUGCGUAACCAAAAGAGGUGGCAGUCCAAGAAAUCGGUUGAUCCCGAGCCCGAGCCUGAUCCCGAGCCAGCAGCAGAUGUGGAUGUAGAUGUGGAUGCACAGUCCACUUAUGGUAUUUGUGUGCGUCGAAGUGCACGAACCAACGAACGAUUUGCUUGCGAUCAGGAAGACGAAGUGCCCCUUGGAGCGUUACUCAAAGUGGAUCAUCCAAAGUAUGAAACUGAUGAAGUUGAUCAUUUGGAUGUGGAAAACAACACUGGCAUAGAUCAAGCUUCGGAUUUUUCAGUGUCAGAGGCGGAGCUUCUAGUAACACCAAUCAAAUCAAAACGAAGCUCGCGCUUAGUGAAAUCCACCUUUUUAAAGCGACCGCGCUCUAGGCAAAAACUACCGGUAUUCUUCUGUGAUCAAUGUGGCAACAACGUAACGGGAAAGUCUGCCUUUGAUCGUCAUCUGCGCAAGCAUAGUGGCAUUAGACCCUUCCAAUGCGAACAGUGUCCUUCGCGUUUCCUGUCUGCCGGCGAGCUGAAAGGUCACCAAGUGAUGCAUACCGGCGAUCGCAACUUCCAAUGUCAGUACUGUGAACGUACCUAUGUUAAUCAUAGUGGACGAAAACGACACGAACGCACUCAUACCAAUGAGAGACCAUUUGCUUGUAUUCAAUGUGGCAAGAGUUUCACCAACUCGUACAUUCUCAAAAACCAUAUGCUGGUUCAUACUGGCGAACGAAUGUAUAGAUGUGAUUUAUGCGAUCGUGCUUUUUCGCGGCCAACUCACUUAAAUACACAUUAUCGUUCAAAUACUCACAAACAGAAUGUGGAAAAAUCCUGUGCGGGACAACAGCAAGUUAUAAUAAUGGAAAAGUCAGAGUCAGGAUUCGCCCUUUCACAGGAUACCGUUGGACUCAAAACCGAAGGAAUUGCUAAAGUUGAAGUACCUUUGGGCCACAACCAAUUUUAAAUUAAAGAAAGGUAUUCUUCAGACCGCCGAAGAUUUGAUUUCUUUACGGAGCCCUGUAUUCAAUUUUCGACUAUAUGAUAUAGUAGUCCGACUUAAGCCAAACUUGGUCAACAUCGUUCCAACGGCAGCUAUUUGUUAUAGUUAUUCGAUCUGGCGAUUCCAACAUAUGUAUUGCACCAGGAAAAGCACAAACCUGUAUCGGUUACACUAAGCAUGAUUACGUUGCGGUUUAGUUGACGCAGCUCGCCAUCCUGAUCAGGAAUAUAUCAUUGUGGACGGCAGUCUGCGCUAGUGACGAAAGCAGCACAAUGUGUGCAAAAUAAUACUAGCAAUAUAACUAUGCAGAAGAAUGAACAAUUUUCUACGACUCUCCAAUCAGAUCGACUUAUAUACCGAUCUAAAGGCUUAGUCCUAACCAACAAAAUUGCAUACUCACCUGGUUCAUGAGUUAAGGUGUGUUAUUAUUCUUAUCAAAAAUAAGCGUCGCAUGACACCUCGAUCAUCCCAAUCGGACUACUGGUUCAAAAGAUUAGUGGUUAGUGGACUCCCCAAACUAAUAUGCAAAGUCAGUUUGCGUGUUUGCAACAAUACAUUGAAAAUGCUUUUAAAGUCUAGAAACGUUUUUUCUACGACUUUUAAAAAAACUGUUAGUUUAGCGGGGAAUGCUAAAUGUACACGUCGCAGUUUUCAAGCCAUAGAAGCUACAAAUAUUUUCUACAUAUCGUUGAAAAAGCUAUUUUUAGGGUUUCAGGAAAAAUUGUACAGGUGAAAUAGAGUGUUUUAACUUACAUUUUGCCGAUUUAAUAGAAAAUGGCAAUAACGAUUUUUUUUUUUUAUUAAUUUUCAAUAUGUUUUGUUUAUGAUACAUAUCUUUUAGCUAAGGGGCUUGAAAGAUAUUAGCUGUUAACUGAAUAAAUAUAUUUAAAGAUCGGUCGAAAAUUAAGUUUUAGUACGAAAAACUUUUGUUUUUCGAGAUACCCCAAAAUCUGCCAGAAUAUGCAUUAAAUGUAUCCCGGACCAAACUUUAUUCACAUCGGUUGACUAUACAUAUAGCUGUCAUUAGAACAAACAUACGAAAAUGGAAUGCAUCGAGAACGCGACGAAAAAUGGAAGUCAAUUUUGACUUUAUCUUGAAAAAUGCGAAAGUCUGCGAAAUGUGGCGAGUAAUUUGAAUGAAAUUAUUCUUAUUUCAUAAUAAAAUAAUGUAGCUUUCCAUUUAAAGAAUUA